AUUUGAAAACGGGGGAGGUUUUGGAGCUGCCGGUCGGUGUCAGGGACAGGCGAUGCUACAGAAUGGAAUCUCACUUGAAUCAAGAUGUGUUGCCUAGACCGUCUUAUGUUUUUAGUGCUGACCCAGUUUCAAGGCCUUCGGAAAUCAAUUUUGAUGGUGUUAAGCUUGAUCUCUCUCAUGAGUUUUCCUUAGUCGCCUCAAACCCUGGGUCAAACAGUUUGGGAUCUAAAAAUUACCUCCGAGUUUGUCUUCGAAUAAGACCAUUUACACAGUCAGAAAAAGAACAUGAGGCUGAGGGCUGUGUGCAAGUUCUAGAUUCACAGACUGUUCUGCUGAAAGAUCCUCAAAGCAUCCUUGGCCAGUUAAGUGAGAAGAGCUCUGGGCACAUGGCACAGAAAUUCAGUUUUUCUAGGGUUUUUGGACCUGAAACUUCACAGAAAGAGUUUUUUCUGGGUUGCAUUAUGGAACCAGUAAAAGACCUCUUGAAAGGACACAAUCGGCUGAUCUUCACAUAUGGGCUGACUAAUUCUGGAAAAACAUAUACAUUUCAAGGCACAGAUGAAAACAUUGGCAUUCUGCCUAGAACACUGAAUGUAUUGUUUGAUACUCUUCAGGAAAGACUAUAUAUGAAGAUGAACUUCAAACCCCAUAGAUGUAGAGAAUAUUUACGGCUAUCAUCUGAUCAGGAGAAAGAGGAAAGUGCUAACAAAAAUGCAUUGCUGCGACAAAUUAAAGAGGUUACUAUACAUAAUGACAGUUAUGACAUUCUUUGUGGAAGCUUAACAAACUCCUUGACUAUCCCAGAUUUUGAAGAAUCCAUGAAUAAUUGUGACCAAUCUAGCCUGAAUGUGGAUAAUAUAAAGUAUUCUGUGUGGGUUUCUUUCUUUGAGAUUUACAAUGAAUGUAUUUAUGAUUUAUUUGUUCCUGUAUCAUCUAAGUUUCAAAAGAGAAAGAUGCUACGCCUUUCCCAAGAUGUAAAGGGCUAUUCUUUUAUAAAAGAUCUGCAGUGGAUUCAGGUAUCUGAUUCUAAAGAAGCGUAUAGACUUUUAAAACUAGGAGUGAAGCAUCAGAGCGUUGCCUUCACAAAACUGAACAGUGCUUCUAGCAGAAGUCACAGCAUAUUCACUAUUAGAAUAUUGCAGAUAGAAGAUUCUGAAAUGCCUCAUGUAACUCGAGUUAGUGAAUUGUCUUUAUGUGAUCUUGCUGGUUCAGAACGAAGCAUGAAGACACACAAUGAAGGUGAAAGGUUAAGAGAGGCUGGAAAUAUCAACACUUCUCUUUUGACUCUGGGAAAGUGUAUCAGUGUUCUAAAGAACAGUGAAAAGUCAAAGUUUCAACAGCAUGUGCCUUUCCGGGAGAGUAAACUGACCCACUAUUUCCAAAGUUUUUUCAAUGGUAAAGGGAAAAUCUGUAUGAUCAUCAACAUUAGUCAGUGUUGUUCUGCCUAUGAUGAAACACUCAAUGUAUUGAAGUUUUCAACCAUUGCACAAAAGGUGUAUGUUCCUGAUUCUUUAAGUUCGUUUCAAGAGAAGUCUUUUGGGUCCAUUAAAUCUUCUCAAGAUGUAUCACUAGACAAUAAUUUGGAUAAUAAAAUACUAAAUGUAAAAAGAACAACUGUUGCAUGGGAAAAUAGUUUAGAAGAUCUGGUUGAAAAUGAAGAUUUGGUUGAGGGUUUAGAAAAAAAUGAAGAAACACAAGACAUGGAAACUGAACUUACAGAUGAAGACAUAGAUGAAACGUUAGAGGAAUGCAGACUCUUCAAAAAUCAUAAGAACAAGAAACUGUUGGAUUUAAUAGAAAACUUGAAAAAAAGACUAAUAAAUGAAAAAAAAGAAAAGUUAACAUUGGAAUUUAAAAUUCGAGAUGAAGUUACACAGGAGUUCACUCAGUACUGGACUCAACGGGAAGCCGAUUUUAAGGAGGCACUUCUUCAGGAACGGGAGUUAUUAGAAGAAAACACUGAACGCCGCUUGGCAAUCUUCAAAGAUUUGGUUGAAAAAUGUGACACCCAAGAAGAAUCAACAAGUAGAAUUUGUGCCAUGAGAGUUGAAACUGAAGAAGCUCAUAAUUAUGUAGGAGUUGAAGAUAUUAUUGGUUCUCUUCAAGAUGAUGUCACUGAUAUUAAGAAACAGGCUGAACUUGCUCAUUUAUAUAUUACAUCUCUUGCUGAUCCCCAGGAAGCUAUUGCUUGUUUGCAGCUAAAGUUUAAUCAAGUUAAAGCGGAGUUAGCUAAAACUAAAGAAGAAUUAACUAAAGCCCAGCAAGAACUAAAAAAUAGAGAGAGUGAAUCAGACUCUUUGGUUCAAGCACUCAAGACAUCACGUAAGUCGGAUACAUCUUCAAUCAGUAAUAAAUCAACUUGUGAUGAAACAGUUGAAAUGCCCAAGAGUGGCAGAACCCAGACACAUCCAGAAAGGAAAAGAUUAAAUGAAGAUGGACUUCACCAAGAUGAACCCCCAGCAAAGAAAGGGCUUGUACCUGUUCAUCCGUCCUUUACUGAAGAUGAAAACAAAAGUGAAGAAAUGCAGCAGUCUGUUUCAGAAGGUGAGGAAGGCAAUAGAGCUCUACAGGAAAGGAAUGAAGAGCUAAAAAGACUUUUAAUUAUUCAUGAGAAUGAACUCAGAAGUGAAAAGGAGGAAAAAGCAGAAUUAAGUAAACAGGUUGUGAGUUUGCAACAGCAGCUUUGUUUCUCUGAAGAAAAGAACUCGUCUCUGAGGACAAAGGUGGAACAAAUCCAGGCCAGUUAUGAAAGUGCGGUUUCUGAGUUACAUAAACAGAAAGGUGUGAACCAAGAGCAGGAGGAGAGGAUCCUGACAUUGUCACAGGAGAUGGAAACUGCCACAAGAAACAUCAAAAGCAAUGUUGCACAGAUAAAACUAAUGCAAACAAAAAUAGAUGAACUUCGGUCUCUUGAUUCGCCUUCUCAUUUUUCAAAAAUAGAUUUCCUCAAUCUCCAGGAUCUCUCAAAUGGUCCUAAAGGGGAUAAUAUGCUGAACACAUCACUACAGCUUCGAGGUAGUGACUUGUCAAGCGAGUGGGCUAAAGAAGAUCACAUUCAAGAGCUCAGUAGGGAAAGUUCCUUCCACUCUAGUAUUGAAGCCAUCUGGGUAGAAUGUAAAGAGAUUGUGAAGGCUUCCUCCAAAAAGUCUCAUCAGAUUCAGGGGCUGGAAGAGCAGAUUGAGAAAUUACAGGUGGAAGUAAAACGCUACAAGGAUGAGAACAAUGAACUUCGAGCAAAGGAAAGUGAGGAUAAGAAUAGAGAUUACCAACUGAAAGAAAAAGAAAGUCUUCUUCAGCAGCUCAGAGAAGAACUGCAAGAAAAAAAUGUCGGUCUCGGUACUCAAGUACAGCUUGCAGCUGAAAGAGAACAAGCUUUUUCAGAGCUUUCCCGGGAUGUUACAUGUUAUAAGGCAAAAAUAAAGGAACUAGAAAUGAUGAUAGAGACCCAGAAAGUUGAGUGUAGCCGUUUGGCUGAGUUGGAGCAAAACAUUUUAGACAAGGAAUCUGCCAUCUUAAAGCUAGAAGCAAGUCUGAAGGAAUCUGAAGCAAAUUGUCAGGAUCACAUCAAAGGUACCCAAAAUUUACAUGAAAAGGAAGUCAAGUUGAGAGAAGAAAUCACACAGUUGACAAAUAAUUUGCAUGAUAUGAAACAGUCACUUCAGUUAAAGGAAGAAGAAAAUAAAACUAGAGGACAAGAAACAGAAAAAUUGAAAGAGGAGCUUGCUGCAAACUUGGUUCUUACUCAGACUCUCAAAGCAGACCUUCAGAGGAAGGAAGAAGAUUAUGCUGAGCUGAAAGAGAAACUCAAUGAUGCCAAAAAGCAGAUCGAGCAGGUACAGAGGGAGGUAUCUGUGAUGCGUGAUGAAGAGAAAUUAUUGAGGAGUAAAAUUAAUGAACUGGAGAAAAAGAAAAACCAGUAUUCUCAGGAAGUAGAUAUGAAACAACGAACCAUUCAGCAACUCAAGGAGCAGUUAAGUAAUCAGAAAAUGGAAGAAGCCGUACAACAGUAUGAGAAAGUGUGCAAAGAUCUAAGUGUUAAAGAGAAGAUGGUUGAAGAUAUGAGGUUGACACUAGAAGAGCAGGAGCAAACUCAGGUAGAACAAGACCGAGUCCUUGAGGCUAAGUUAGAGGAAGCUGAUUGGUUAGCCAAAGAAUUGGAUAAAUGGAAAGAAAAAUUCAAAGAUCUGGAAACUAGAAGUAAUCAAAGGUCAAAUAAAGGAGCCCAGGAUGACACAGACGUGCUUAAUAAGAAGCUCAGUAAGCUUCAGGACGAGCUGCAGGAAUCUGAAGAGAAAUAUAAAGCUGAUAGACGUAAGUGGUUAGAAGAAAAAGCAGUCCUUACUACUCAAGCAAAAGAAGCUGAGAAUCUGCGAAACAGAGAGAUGAAAAAAUAUGCUGAAGACAGGGAGAAGCUACAGAAUGAAUUGGAAACAUUGACAGCACAGCUGGCCGAGAAAAGUGGUGACCUUCAGAAGUGGAGGGAAGAGCGGGAUCGGCUGGUCACAGCUGUGGAGACACAGAUGAAGGCUCUGCUCUCCAGCAGCAAGCAUAAGGACGAAGAAAUCCAGCAACUGAAAAGGGCCGCUGCAGAGCGCACAGGCAUGGAAAACCAAACCAUGAAUCUCAAGUCUGAAUAUGAUUCAUUCAGUCCUGGUGGAGUUGAAACUGAACCUCAAUCAACAAGUUUUAAAAUUUCUAGAAAUCCAGCAGAGGAUGGAUCUGUAGUUCUUGACUCCUGUGAAGUAUCAACAGAAAAUGUACAAAGUACUCGAUUUCCAAAACCUGAAUUGGAGAUUCAGUUUACACCUUUGCAGCCAAACAAAAUGGAAGUGAAGCACCCUGGUUGUGCCACACCAGUCACAAUUAAGAUUCCCAAGGCUCGGAAGAGGAAGAGCAAUGAAAUUGAGGAGGACUUGGUGAAAUGUGAAAAUAAGAAGAAUUCUACAUCCAGAUAUAAUGUGAAGUUCCCCGUUUCAGAGCAAAGCAGUUCCUCUGUCAAGAAGGAACAAAAGGUUUCCUUAUGUCCAUCAUCUAAGAAAACCUACUCAUUACGGAGCCAGACAUCUGCAGUUAGUGCAAACAUAGCCUCUAAAAAAAGAGAGGGAACACUACAGAAAUUUGGAGACUUCUUGCAACAUUCUCCAACAAUUCUUCAAUCAAAAGCAAAAAAGAUAAUUGAAACAGUGAGUUCCCCAAAGUUCUCAGCUGUAGAAGUGAGUAAAGAAAAUGUGUCUCAGCCAAAAAAACCCAAGCGGAAAUUAUUCAGAAAUGAAAUUUCAUCUCCCAUCAACAUAUCUGGCCAAGUGAUUUUAAUGGAACAGAAAGCAAAAGAAAGUGAUCAUCAGAUCCUCAAACGACGGCUUCGAACGAGAACAGCCAAGUAAAUUGCUUUAGGAGACUGUUUCAGUAUAUAUUUCAUAUACACAAUAAUUGUAAAUUGUAAGUUUUAAAAGUUAAUUGUAUAUAUUGUAAUGCAUCAAAUGUCUUUGUAUA